CGUCACUGCUGUCUGCGCUCGCGCUCAGCUAGCCGCGAGCUAAAGGCUAAAGUGCGUAUUUGGUAUUUGUUUUCUUUAUAGAGGCGAGCCAUGUCCCUCUGUAUUACUGCGUUUAUUACUAUAUCACUUUUUUAUGGAAAGCCUUCGCAAUAUGCCCACUCUCACUAACAUAACAUGAUAGAAGACAACGAGGUGGCAGCAUGGCAGAUUCCUCUCCUUUAUCUGGUGUGAAUGUUGUCCUGGUUAUGACCUAUGGGAGCUUGGUGUUUGUGUUGUUGUUCAUCUUUGUCAAAAGGCAAAUUAUGCGUUUUGCUAUGAGAUCCCGCCGCGGACCCCAUGCACCCAUAGGACACAAUGCACCAAAGGGCCUGAAAGAGGACAUUGACUCAGGAUUGUCCAAGGUUCAGGAGAUCUGUUUUGAACCCCGGCUUUUAGCUGAAGAAGACGACAGACUGAAACAUGAAUCACAACUUAGUUGCUACAACUACUUGUACAGAAUGAAAGCAUUGGAUGCUAUCCGUGACUCAGGGAUUCCUAUUCUAGAAAUAAGCCGAACCCCCAGUGCGUUCACUGGACGUCACUUCAGGAACUGGCUGCUGGAGCUGCGAAACUCUCACUCUCUCAUCAAAAGCAGCCGCAGUGCACUCAUCGAUAAACUCCUGGAAGGAUAUGACAGUGCUCGCCAUGGCACAGGGGUAUUUGGAGAAGCCGAGUUUCUUGAAUACCAGCAAGCUCUGAAUGAACUGGUUGAUGUUGUGAAGGCCUAUUCCAGCAGCACCAGUCUGGACCAGCACCACCAGUCUGCAGCCAAGGACUUGACUGGGUCCCCUGUGCGCUCUGCCCCCUCCACCAUACAAGUCACGUACCUGCCUUCCACCGGACAACGCAGCAAGAGACCCAAACAUUUCCUGGAACUGAAAAGCUUCAAAGACAAUUAUAAUACACUUGAGAGCACCCUGUAAGACCACAGCAAAACCAAGUAGUCUGUAACAUUAGAUUUUAUUUCAAAGGCUGUAGUCGCUGCCCCUUUCAAGAUAUUCGACUUCCCAGCUAUGGUUUAGACAAAGAUGAUUGUAGCCUACAUGGCAACAGUGAUAAGUGGCAUCUAUUGUGAGGAAUGCCAUACUUAAUUAAAGGUGCACUAUGUAACUUUUCUCAUAGAGAGUCCAUCACCUGCUUAUCUCCAUGGAGAUGUUAUUGCUUUACCAGGGAUGUUCUACAGUAUGGCACUAAAUGGUGCAAUUUGUGAAGAGGUGAACAUGAUCACAAAAAGAAUAAUGCAUUUUAUUUAAAGGUGCACUGUGUAACUUUCCAUCACCUGCUUGUUUCUAUGGAUAUGUCAUUGCUCUGCCUGGAAUGUUUCACAGUAUGACAUUAACAAAUCUAUCUUACAUUUAUUCAAUUAAAAGUGGUUUUAUAGCUCAAAAAUACCUAGAAAAAUAGACAUUCUGACUGUGAGCGGGAUCACCUCUUCAGAUAGAAAAGUUUAAUACUGUGAAACAUUCCAGACAAAGCAACAACAUUUGAAUGGAGAAAAGCAUUUGACGGAUCCUCACCACAAAAGUUACACAAUGCACCUUUGAUAUUAUUUUUGAACAAUGCAGUCAAAUGAAUAUACGAUAGAGACGUUUAAUGCCAUACAAUGGAACAUUCUUGGCAAAUCUAUGACAUCUCCAUGAAGACAAACAAGCAAAAGGCAGAUCUUCCACCUCCUCCAAGUUACAUGGAGCACCUUUAAUUAAACUGAAUGGUCCAAAUGUAAAACUGACGUGAAAAUGGUGUUUUUGUACAGAAUUAUAUUUAUAUGAAUUGAUGUAACUUAAGUCAUUUUGUGUGUGAUUAAUUUAUUGUGUGUUUUUGACAUAAAAGAUCAAACCACCA